UGGAUUAUUAAUAUUGUUCCUGCUCCUCAUUCCCUCCGAAAAGGAUUAUUAAUUCAUUUUAAAAUGGCUGCUCAACAAAAAAUUAUCUGCGCUGUUGUUGUCAUGUGCUUCAUGGCCAACGCUGUCCUCUGUCAACAAACCACCGACAGUGAUAAUGCUGAUGUUAGCGAGUCCCGCACAUUUGGCCAUCACUUCUUGAAACGUAUGAGCUUUGCUGUGGUUCCAGGAGCAUUUGUUGUUGGUGUCAUUACCACUUUGUUGGCUGCCUUGACCGUUGUGUCCAUGAAGGGUUUGGGCGUUGGUGUCAUCCUCUUAGUUUUGGCUAUUGGUCAGAUGUUGGGUCGUGCUUUACCCCAAGUACAUGCUGCUGCCUAUAGUGCAGCUCCUGCUCCCGUUCCUGUAGUCUACUCCCACAGCCAUACCCAACAACCUGUCUGGUUAGAAAAAGAAUGGUAAAAACACUUCGAACCAUACGAUUUCUUCCUCAUACCUCCCUCGAUUAAUACUCGUUGUCUAAAUUGAAAUGUCCACUGGUCCAUCCGCCGGUGAUCUUUCAAUUAUACGUCUGUGUGUAAGAAAAAUUAAUGCACUUGAAUCAUUCUACCAAAAACUAAGUUAAGUUAGUCAUCUAGUUAUUUAAAUUCUCUCAAGUAUUUAUUUAUUUAUUAAUUUAUUUAAUUUUAAUUUAUUUAUUUAUUUAUUUUAAACAAAACUGAAGCGUCACGAAAUAAUGUAAAAAAAAAAAACAAACUUUAUAAAAAAAAUCAAAAGCUAAAAUAAAAUUCGAUAUUUAAUUUGAACAAAA